AUGAGUUCUCGAUAUCCGGGAUUCCGUAGUAGAAAUGAUGAUAAUGAAAAUAAUGAAAAUUUUGUUACCAGUGGUACUCAUUUUGAUCCAGCUGAACCAACUAAUAGUACAUCAAUUUUAGCUACAUUAGGCAGAAAAGCAUCAAAACUUGUUGAUCUUUCUUCAUCAAAUUAUGGUUACGAUGGAAAACGUUUUCAUGGUGCAUUUACUGGUGGUUUUAAUGCUGGCUUUUAUAAUACAGUUGGAUCAAUUGAAGGUUGGCGACCAAGUGAAUUUAAAUCAUCUCGAACAACACGAGCUGAAAAACGUAUUUAUGAACCAGAAGAUUUUAUGGAUAAAGGAGAAAGAAUUAUAUGA